ACAAAUUGGAAUAGCAGAAAGAAAGAGGCGCCACCUUCAUUCAAUGGAUAAAGACCGAAUCAAUAGCAGCCUCUGUUUUAAUAUUCUUUCGUACAAUUUGUGAUCUAUCCACACACUCGCCAUUUUCCAAACGUAAUCGCUUACCCCACUUUGACCCCAAAAUAGGAAGCUGUGGCUCCUGAAAGUAUUCUAAAAGUAAUAUUUUUUUUAUAUAGUACGAAUCUGAACUCUUCAUCAUGGAAAGGGAAAAAGGAACAAAUAUUGGAAAAUAAUGAAUAACAGAGAAAAAAGAAUAAUAAAAAAGGUAUGGGCUAAUGGGCAUUUGUAAUGUAAUAAAUAAAUGGAAUGGUAGGAAGGAGGCAUGAAGAGAAGGGAAGGAUUCGGCGUUGCUUCCUUCGUGUCUCUCUGACUCCAAUUUCUUUUAUACUAUUGACAAGUCUUCUUCUUCUUCUUCAUUGCCCAAAAUUUGAGUGAAAACCUUUCCGUUUCCCAUUCCCACCAGACAAUGCCUUCCUUCAAUCUCUCUUAUUCUUCCUCGUCACCUCUCUCAUGUCCGCAGGUAUGCAAACACUCCAAAUUGUUCAAUGAUUUGCCCUUUGUCCGACUAAAUUCUAAAUUUCCCUCGAGCCACAAUGCUGUUAGUAGAAUUAAAGCUACAUUGAUCUCGGGAGCUGGUGACCUACUUUCCUAUCCAAAUAGCAAUGGCAUUGUGAUGCCUAAAACUCUGGUUGGUGAUGAAACUGUUGGAAUUGAGGUACAACCUAAUGGAAGACUGGCAGCAGACAAAGGGCUAAAAACCGAUGUUUUCUCUGUUGACAAUGAUGAAUUUGAUUUGGAUAUCCCCACGGCAGGUUUUGCUUCCAUUCCUGAGGCCAUUGAAGAUAUUCGCCAGGGAAAGAUGGUAGUGGUUGUGGACGAUGAAGAUCGAGAAAAUGAAGGAGACUUGAUAAUGGCGGCACAGUUGGCAACACCUGAGGCUAUGGCUUUUAUUGUAAAGCAUGGAACUGGGAUAGUUUGUGUAAGCAUGAAAGAGGAGGAUCUAGAUAGAUUGAAACUUCCUUUGAUGGUAAACAGUAAGGAUAAUGAUGAGAAACUUUGUACAGCAUUCACUGUGACAGUGGAUGCUAAACAUGGUACCACCACUGGGGUGUCAGCUCAAGACAGGGCUACGACAGUCUUGGCCCUUGCAUCUAGAGAUUCUACCCCAGGUGAUUUCAACCGCCCGGGGCAUAUUUUCCCACUAAAAUACAGGGAAGGCGGUGUCUUGAAGAGAGCUGGACACACAGAAGCUUCGGUUGAUCUUGCGAUGCUUGCUGGUUUGGAUCCAGUGGCAGUUCUGUGUGAGGUUGUAGACGAUGAUGGUUCCAUGGCUAGACUGCCAAAGCUUCGCCAGUUUGCAGAGCGUGAAAAUUUGAAAAUUGUAUCUAUUGCUGACUUAACAAGAUAUAGAAGAAAGAGAGAUAAAUUAGUGGAUCGUGCUUCUGAUGCAAAAAUACCUACAAUGUGGGGGCCAUUCACUGCUUACUGCUAUAGGUCACUUUUAGACGGGAUUGAACAUAUUGCUAUGGUUAAGGGUGACAUUGGAGAUGGACAAGAUGUUCUUGUAAGGGUACACUCAGAAUGUCUGACUGGAGACAUAUUUGGAUCUGCCAGGUGUGACUGUGGAAAUCAGCUUGCUCUUGCCAUGCAACAGAUUGAGGCUGCUGGUAGGGGCGUAUUGGUAUAUCUCCGUGGACAUGAAGGAAGGGGCAUUGGAUUGGGCCACAAGCUCCGUGCUUAUAACCUACAGGAUGCUGGACGGGAUACUGUAGAAGCCAAUGAGGAGCUGGGAUUGCCUGUUGACUCUAGGGAGUAUGGCAUUGGCGCACAGAUAUUGAGGGACUUGGGUGUUCGAUCUAUGAAGCUGAUGACAAACAAUCCAUCAAAAUAUGUUGGGCUCAAAGGUUAUGGUCUGACAGUUUCUGGUAGGAUCCCAUUAUUAACUCUUAUCACUUCGGAGAACAAGAGAUAUUUAGAGACCAAACGUGUGAAAAUGGGCCACAUCUAUGGCAUGGAAUUUAACGGCCGAUUGAACACUAAUGACAGUGCUAAUGGUAAAGCCAGUAGUGUUGGUGAUUCUAAUGCUGUUACUGGCUUAUAAACCUGCUUUUUUUUACUACGUAGAUGUGUCAGACACGGCAGAUGAGGAAGUAGAUUUCAAUACUGCAGAUGAAUACAGAAAAGUGAGAAAAACUGUGACAGGCUCUACUAAAUGAUAGGCUUCUCCAAACAUUCUUCAUUUUGAAACAGUGCCACACAAGGGCAUAUUUUCUUUGGUGUCUUUUAUAGAAGAUUCAUCAUAUUACGUAGUUUCUUCAUUCUUUUGGCACAAUAACUCCAGUAUGACAGUUGCCAUACAAUACAUGAUAGAAAAAAAAAACAUUGUUCUACUGUAUGAUAAAUAAAUUCCUUUUGUACCUUGUCACAGCUAAUGUUCAAUGUUGAUGGCUUGACUUUUGAUGUCUUAUUUAUAUUGUUAAUGAUCCU